CCACCACCAUCUGUCGCAGCUGCUCUCUGUAUCCCUCAGCAUAGCAAGAGCAAUUCGACCAUGGCCUCUUCUGUAUUGGGUAAACGAACUAGGAGCUGCUCUGAUUCAGCUUCGAAAGUAUCUUUAUCACGGCCCAAACGCCAAGCGCGCGCAGAUAUUCCUGAUGACGAAGAUAACAAUCCCUUCUACAUCAAGAGAUCGUGCUAUAAAAUCGAAGAUGACGAAGACGAUCCAGAGGGCGUGGACCCUCACUCCGACUUCUUAUCCGCCAAAUCAACACCAGUCAAACACGUCCUUGUCGAUAGACGCGUUGCAUCGUCUCCCCUGAAAAGCAGCCGAAACCUCAGCAUAAUUAGAAACAAUGAUGAGAACACGGCACCAGUACAGACUCCUACGCCUCAAACUCCUCGACACAGAGACGCCCUAUCCAAGAGAAUACCAAUUACUCCCCGGCAUCGUGUUAUGGUUACUGGGAAAGCCUUGACUCCUCGCACACCUCGGACUCCGUCAACACCCAGCGGAAUCACUUCGACAGUUUACAGCCAAGCUCGACAAUUAUUUUCGCGCAGUACCGAGCCCGGACGCCUUGUCGGGAGAGAUGAUGAAAGGCAGGAAUUAACUGGAUUUGUCGAGAAUUGCAUAGCCAACGUGUCGGGAGGAUGUAUUUAUGUCAGCGGUCCGCCUGGAACCGGUAAGAGCGCCAUGGUCAGCGAGGUAACCGAGGCAAUCGAAACCUCAUCUGCCCUGAAAAGGUCCUACAUCAAUUGUAUGAGCAUAAAGACGUCUCGGGAUCUCUGCGGAAAGUUGUUGGAGACACUAUGCGAAGAUCUGGAAGUUCUUGAGGGUGAGGAGAUCAAGACACUCCAGGGCGUGUUCCUUCCGAAGAGAAAGAGCAAGAACGUCUACAUGGUCACCUUGGACGAAAUCGACCAUAUUCUCACAUUGGAUUUGGAGAUUUUAUACAAUCUCUUCGAGUGGUCAUUACAGAAGUCUUCACAUCUCGUCUUGAUCGGUAUUGCGAAUGCGCUGGACCUGACGGAUCGAUUUCUUCCUCGACUAAAGGCUCGGAACCUGAAACCUCAGCUACUCCCAUUUCUUCCAUAUACCGCAUCUCAGAUCAAAACAGUGAUCACCACUCGGCUUAAGUCGCUCGUGCCAGCGGACAGCCAAACACCAGAUUACGUCCCGUUCCUCCACCCCGCGGCAAUCGAGCUAUGCUCCCGGAAAGUAUCUAGCCAAACUGGGGAUUUGCGCAAGGCGUUUGAUAUCUGCCGGCGCGCAAUUGAUCUCAUCGAAGCUGAAACUAAGCUAAAAUACGAGCAAAACUUGGACGAGCAGAUGCAACCAGACAGUCCAUCAAAGAGACCACUGAAAGAGAACAUGAAUUUGUCGUCAGCAGUUGGUCCAUCGCCAAGCAAAAAGAUGAGGAACAUGUCGCUGGCCCAAUCCCUUGCGACACUGACAGUUGAAACUGCUCCACGAGCAAGCAUCGCCCAUGUUAACAAGAUCACAUCGACUACAUUUGGCAACGGUGCCAGUCAGCGGCUCAAGACUCUCAAUCUCCAACAGAAGGCAGCUCUGUGUGCAUUGGUAGCACUGGAAAAGCGAAAGCGGGAAGCGGCGGCGAACCUCCUCGCAACACCCUCGAAAUCAAGGAAUGCGGCGCCGACUGUCAAGGCCCUCUAUGACGUCUAUUGCAUGCUAUGCACGCGUGACUCGAUACUCCAUCCGCUCACAAGCACGGAAUUCAGAGACGUGAUCGGAAGUUUAGAGACGUUGUCACUGAUCAGUGCCGUCGAUGGGAAGAAUGGAUCAUUUGUAGGAUUAAGCACCCCAAGCAAGAGGGCCCGGAAAUUCGGCUCAGGGGCUGGUGUGGGAGACGAAAAGCGAGUGGGAAGUUGUGUUGGCGAGAGGGAGGUUGCGCAAGCUGUAGAAGGAUUGGGUGCAGGUAUCCUGAAGAGUAUCCUGAGUGGCGAAGGCCUUGAUUGAGAGAGUGUUUGAGUUUAUUGCAUAGCGAUGGUUUGGGCUGCAUUGUAUAGAAGGGCACUUGGAUGCCCAUGCUGGAGUUCGGCAUGCACUAGAAAAUAGAAGCAUAAUGAUAAUAAG